CCACGGGACUUCCGAAGGUGAACAGAACGGUGAAAUGGAAGCGGACAGUUGAAUCUAUCCUCCAACGGGGCCGCUCUGUCUGCUUUGCUCAACAGUAUUCAUGACGUAACUGCGCGGGGAGGCCACAUCUUGGUCAUGACCACCAACGCCAUCAACCAGCUGGAUAACGCUCUCCUAUGUCCAGGGGGCAUUGAUAUGGAAACUGACUUCGGCUAUGGCUGUCUAGUGACAAAUCGCACGUCCGUCACGCAGCCGCCACCAGGGACGUCCUGGGUGUUCUGGACGCAGGGGAACAGUUUCGCCCCAUCCCUUGCCAACUUGAGCGGAGUAGACGUCCGAUUAUAUCGUCCAUCUAUCGGCUAUAUUCGCAAAGGAUGUGCCACCUUAUCGGUACCGUGCAGCAGAGGUUCAGAAUUACCUUUGGCAGUACAGAAAUCGUCCUAUAGGAGCGGUCAGCGAUGUUGUUGGCUUCUCAAGCAAACCACAACCGCACUCCCACUUGAACAUCGUGCGAGCAGAUCGUGUCAUCAUUUCGUUUCCCUGGCUCACUUGAUUACUUGUGUUCAACGGCCAUCUCCAUAGCAUCUGGCAAGUCUGCAUACUGGGACCGUAGUUGAGGCGCACGCACGGAAAGGGAGACGCAACCUAUCAUGCGUGAUCGUUAGAAGAAACACUGGCCUGCAUUUAUCCGAUAUUACUCACCCGCUUCCCGUCAAACG